AGACGAAGGUUGAAAGGGAAGAGACUCGCUUCACAGGUUUGUCGCGUUUUCUGUACUCGGGCCCGACAGCGACGAAGGGAAGUGAGAGGGUUUGUAGAAGCUGUAUAAUCGGUGCUUGAGGAGAAACAAAGGAUGAACAUGGAAGCAUUCCUUAAUCCUAAAGAUUCUGCCAAAUUUAUAAUGGAAAACAGCCAAGAUGUAUACGUGGAAGAAGAUGGUGUGCGGAAAGUUGCUGAGAUGUUGUUUGAUAAAGUCUUGGAGAAAGAUUUCAGUGUAGCUGGAUGGAAGUCUUCUCAUGAGCUGAAUCCUCAAGUUGUGAGUGAAGAUGCAGUGAACUGGGUUUUCCUUGUAGAUGCACUCAAUUUUUCGUUUUGGUCAGAGCAUGAAGACCAUAAAUGCCUGGUGAAGUAUAAAGGCAAAAUGUACAGUGGUUACUGGUCUCUCUGUGCUGCUGUCAACCGAGCACUUGACGAAGGAAUACCCAUUACUAGUGCUUCGUAUUAUGCCACAAUGACAUUGGAGCAGGUGAGGCAUGUAUUCUGCUCAGACACCGAUGUCCCCAUGCCUUUGCUUGAGGAAAGGCAUCGUGUGCUUAAUGAGACCGGGACGGUUCUUCUGGAGAAAUUUGGAGGCUCUUUUCUCACAUGUGUUAAACAAAGUGGAAAAAGUGCUCAGAAAUUACUACAGCUAGUUGUGGAAAAUUUCCCAUCAUUUAGGGAUGAAGCUACAUUUCAGGGUAAAAAGGUGGCUUUUUACAAACGAGCACAAAUCCUUGUUGCUGACACAUGGAGUGUAUUGGAGGGAAAAGGCGAUGGGUGCUUCAGCGACAUUUCCAGUGUGACUAUAUUUGCUGAUUAUAGGAUACCUCAGGUUCUUGUUCACUUAGGAGCAAUGAAAUAUUCUGAAGAACUAAUGAAAAAACUCAAGGAAGGGCACAUGUUCCAGUCUGGAGAAAAGCAAGAAGUAGAAAUCCGGGGUUGUUCUAUUUGGUGUUGCGAACUCCUUUGCAAUCACUUAUUGGACCUUUAUAAAAAGAAAGGCGAGAACAUGAGUGAAAAAAUCAAUGCAGUUCUCCUCGAUUAUUAUCUGUGGGACUAUGCUCGGGAUCAUAGGGAAGACAUGAAAGGAAUUCCUUUUCACCGCGUACGUUGCAUAUACUAUUAAUAUUGGAUUUAUGAAGGAUACUAAAGUACAGUUUCAAAAUUAUAGGUACUUUUUCCUGUAUACAUAUUUGAAACGUGCAGCUUUUAUGCUGGAAGAAUUUCACGUUUUUAGUUCUCCGCUCAUUCGGGUCUUUUAUUAGUUAUUGUAGCAUAAACAUAUGCCUUGUCUGCUGUAUCACAGAAAAGGAAUUUCACUGUAAUGCUUAUAGUUUUCCAUAUUGAUUCUUUGUUGCUCUGUUUAUCUUGUUUUGACCUGUACCAGGCUAUAAUUACUAUACUAAAGUUGCUGUUUGCAUUCAGACAAGUUUUUUUAAAAAAAAUUCAGUAAAGAAAUUCUGUAAAAUAUAAUCCAGAUUUCUUAAUUAUGUCUCUUCAUAAGGUGAGUUACAUCUGGAGCCACAACUAGUAAAUGUUUCCUCUGAGGUACUUCAUUCUUUCUGCAUAUGCACCUUCAUGAGUCUACUUUAUGUAUCUGCUGAAGUUGGCCAUGGAACUUUUUUGUCUUCAUUGUUAUAGACUGAUUCAGAUAUUGUGACUCCACUUGGAGAUUACUGAAAGUUCUUGUAUGUGUUCAGAAAGCCAAGCCAGGUGGAAGCCUGAAAGUGUGGAAGCCUCAAGUGUGUGGAAGCCUCAGUGGUCCGGCAGUAAACAAGCAAUAGCAAUAAACAAGCUUUAAAACAUUAUGUUCCUUAAAUGGAGCUAUGAGCACACAUUAGAUAUUUUCUCCUGUGGUGCUAUAAUGUUUGAAUAAGCUCUGACAGUCUUCUUAGUCUCCUGCAGUUUAUAUCCAUUUGGAAGAGCACUAGCUUUGCCAACAAGUCAUAAAUGCCUGUACACACCUAGCACAGUACUCAUAUCAUUUGAUUGCCUUGGGCAAAUUACUGUAUCUUAACAUAUGCCUUAUCACAGUGCUGGGAGGGGGAGGGUCUAAUGAUGCCACUUAAUCUUCCCUUGUCUAAACAGAGGGACAGGCUCAGCUAGGCUGCUCUGUUUGAACCCACAGUUUCAUGGCGCAAAAACAUGCCUCAAAAACACGUCUUCAUGGGUCCUCUCGAUUUUUACAUGAGGUCACUCAAAAUCCACCAUACAAUCCCAUAACAUGUCUAUUGCCACAGAUUGCACCAAAAAAAAUCAUACACCCACCAUUUUGUGGCACUGCCAUGGCACAAAAAACACAGUUCAAAAGCAUGGCUCCUCAUGGAUCCUACUGAUUUUUACAUGGGGUCACCCAAAAUUCACCAUAAAAUCCCAUCUCAUGUCUAUUGCCACAGAUUGCACCAAAAAAAGCAUGCACCCACUGCUUCGUGGCACCGCUACAGCGCAAAAACAUGCUUCAAAAGCACAGAUACUCCGCAUCGGAAUAGAUCCUCUGGAUUUUUUCAUGGGAUAACCCAAAACUCACCAUACAGUCCUAUAUCAUGUCUAUUGCCACAGAUUGCACCCCAAACAGCAUGCACCCAUCUCUUUGUGACAACGCCACGGCACAAAAACAUGCUUCAAAAGUACGAAUCCUCACAGAUCCACCUAAUUUUUAAAUGGGAUCACCCCAAAAUCACCAUACAGUCCCAUAUUGUGUCUAUUGCCACAGAUUGCACCCAAAAAAUCAUGCACCCACUGCUUGUGGAGCCGCCAUGGCGCUAAUACUUGCUUCAAAUGCACAGAUUGUCAAGGAUCUUCUCGAUUUUUAAAUGGCGUCUCUGUAUGGGGUCACCAUACAGUCCCAUAUUAUGUCCAUUGCCACAGAUUGCACUCAGGAAAUCAUGCGCCCAUUGCUUUGUGGCACCACCACAAUGCAAAAAUAUGCUUCAAAAGCACAAAUCCUCAUGGAUCCUCUCGAUUUUUAUAUGGAAUGACCCAAAACUAACCAUACAAUCCCAUAUCAUAUCCAUUGAAUCAAAUUGCAACCCAAAAAUCACGCACCCAUCGCUUCAUGGCACCACCAUGGUGCAAAAACCUUCUUCAAAAGCACGGCUCCUCAUGGAUCCUGUGGAUUAUUUCACCUGUGGGAUCACCUGAAAUUCACCAUACUGUCAUAUACAUCCUUCUUCACAGAUGGCACCCAGGAAAUUAUGCACCCACUGCUUUGUAGCACUGCCACGGUACAAAAAUGUGCUUCAAAAGCAUGGAUCUUUAUGGAUCCUUCAAAUUUUUAUAUAGUGUAAUCCCAAACUCACCUCAAAGGAUUGCCAUUGGAGAUCAGCUAUCUCCAGAAUAUGAACUAUCUUGUGGGGUUCUGCAGGGUGCAAUCUUAUCUCCCGUGUUAUUCAACCUCUACUUAAAACCUUUAGGAGAACUCGUUCGCAGCUAUGGAGUGGGAUAUCAUCAAUAUGCAGAUGACACCCAACUCUCAUUCGUCACUUGUAGCUUGGCUCUCUCUAUCUCGCUAUCCAGGUCCGCACAGGAUGCAGUAGAAAUCUUAGAUCGCUGCCUGACAUCCUUGGUGAAAUGGCUGAAAAAUAGCAAAUUGAAAUUGAACCCAGACAAGACUGAAGUGAUGCUUGAUGGGAAGGCAGAGAACUUGAAAGACAUUGUACUCCCCACUUCCAAUGGAUUUGUCUGACCCUCGCAGACUCCAUUAAGAGCCUAGGGGUUAUAAUGGAUCCAGCACUACUACUAGAAAAACAAGGCAGCCACAAAAAAUGCUUACUACAAUCUCACUCUAGCCUGGAAGAUGGCUUCUUACCUCAACAUGGCUGACCUAGCCACCUGGGUCCAUGCUAUGGUAACAUCAAAACUGACUAUUGUAAUUCACUAUACAUUGGUCUCCCAUCUAAGUCAACUAGGAGGCUCCAAUUGGUGCAAAAUGCUGCAGCUUGGCUAUUAGCAAGAGCGAGCAGGAGCAUGAAUGUUACUCCCAUGCUAUAGUCACUCCAUUGGCUACCUAUCAGUUACUGUGCUCAAUUCAAAGUAUUGGUUAUUACAUACAAAGCUCUUCAUGGCCUUGGCCCAGCAUACCUACAGGGCCACCUCCCUCCCUAUGUCCAUGGCAGCUUCGCUCAUCGGAACAGUGUCUCUUGCAGGUGCCAGCCUGCACAUGGGCAAAAUCAACAGCAGCCCACACACGAGCUUUCUCUGUGGUGGCCCCUAUCCUGUGGGACAGCCUGCUUGAGAAGGUUAGGAAAGCCCCCACUCUCCUGGCUUUUCGCAAACAAUGCAAAACUGAAUUAUUCAAAAAGGCUUUUUACUCAGAUAGGAGGGAAGUAUUGUAGGGAGGAGGUCUCAGAUGCUUUGCUAAUGAGUUAGGGACCAUAGACUUCACCAUUAUGUUGCAUAUUAUCUGUUGCUUUGAAUAUGUAAUCCUAUAUAUUAUUUGUGCUUCAUGUUAUCUAAUGUCAGUCCUAGAAUUA